GAUAAAUCCUCUAUAUAAGUAGCAAGCUACUUUUUCUUUCCAGAUAACCUAGAUACUUUCAUUUCUUUUGUCUUUCACUAUAAACACCUUGAUUUUCUGUUUUAUGUUUGGAGUUCAAAUGGAGUUCAGUCUCCCAUGUAUACUUGUUUUUCUUACUAUUGCACUAGCGACGAGUCAUGCAGCCCUCCCUCCCGAAGUAUACUGGAAAAGCGUUCUGCCUAACACUCAAAUGCCAAAAGCUGUCACAGAUCUUUUACAGUCAGGCUUCAUGGACGACAAAAGCACCUCUGUAAGUGUAGGAAAGGGCAGUGUAAAUGUCAAUGCAGGAAAGGGAAAGCCUGGAGGCACUUCUGUAAACGUUGGGAAGGGUGGAGUAAACGUGAACACUAGGAAAGGAAAACCAGGCACUACGGUUAACGUGGGAAGGAAAGGUGUCGGUGUUAACACUGGAAAGCCUGGGAAGGGAACCAAUGUUGGUGUCGGCAAAGGUGGAGUAUCUGUGAACACAGGACACAAGGGCAAGCCUGUACAUGUUAAUGUAGCCCCAUUCAUCUACAACUAUGCUGCUACUGAAACUCAGCUCCAUCAUGACCCAAAUGUAGCCCUCUUUUUCUUGGAAAAGGACAUGUAUCCCAGAAAAACUAUGAAUCUGCACUUCACAGAAAACCCAAACACAGCAAUGUUCUUACCACGUCAAGUUGCUAAGUCCAUACCCUUUUCAUCAAAAGAGUUGCCAGAAAUCUACAACCAAUUUUCAGUAAAACCUGGAUCAAUGGAGGCUGAGCUAAUGAAGAAUACAAUCAAAGAGUGUGAAGCACCUGGAAUUGAAGGAGAAGAGAAACUUUGUGCAACUUCACUAGAGUCGAUGAUUGACUUCAGCACUUCAGUACUUGGAAAGAAUGUUCAGGCAAUUUCCACAGAGGUGGAAAACCAGACGCAGAUGCAGAAAUAUACAAUUACAGCUGGAGCAAAAGAGAUGGCAGGUGACAAAUCCGUGGUGUGCCACAAGCAGAACUAUGCAUAUGCUGUCUUUUAUUGCCAUGCAACACAAACCACUAGGGCUUACAUGGUUUCCUUGGAGGGUGCUGAUGGAACAAAGGCCAAAGCAGUAGCAGUCUGCCACACAGAUACAUCAACUUGGAACACUAAGCAUUUGGCGUUCCAGGUGCUCAAAGUUAAGCCAGGCACAGUUCCUGUUUGCCAUUUCCUUCCUCAGGACCACAUUGUUUGGGUUCCCAACUAGAAGCCUGCAAGAACACUAGAUCCUUUUAGUUCAAUCUCCUCAAUCAGAACACUUUACAACAGAAUAUUAUAAGUUCUACUCAUUUGGUUUCUAUAAUAAUGUAAGUACGCUGGCUUUAUUUGGUUCUACAUACUUUCAAAGUUUGCUUUAGCAGUGUGCAGUAAUAAAUAUAUCCUUCUGUUGUCA